ACCACACACCGCUGACUUGGCCGCCAGUAAAGGCAGCAAUCUCGGUGUCAUCAUGUCGUAUAAUGCUAAAAUCGGGCCGUCUAUCCUGAGCAGCGACCUGUCACGUCUGGGCAGCGAAUGUGUGCGGAUGAUAGAGUGCGGGGCUGACUAUUUGCACCUCGACGUCAUGGACGGUCAUUUUGUCCCCAACAUCACAUUUGGGCACCCCAUGGUGGAAUGUCUCCGAAAGUCACUUGGCAAAGACCCUUUCUUUGACAUGCACAUGAUGGUGUCCAAGCCUGAACAGUGGGUGAAGCCCAUGGCAGCAGCUGGAGCCAACCAAUACACCUUUCACCUAGAGGCCACUAGCAACCCCGGGAACCUCAUCAAGGAGAUCCGACAGAGUGGCAUGAAGGUAGGUGUGGCCAUAAAACCUGGUACAACCGUUGAAAUGCUCGCCCCGUGGGCCAACCAGAUCGACAUGGCUCUGGUCAUGACCGUCGAACCCGGUUUCGGAGGACAGAAGUUCAUGGAGGACAUGAUGCCAAAGGUGAGAGAUCUGAGGCGUGACUUCCCCUCGCUGGACAUUGAGGUGGACGGCGGCGUUGGACCCGACACCAUCUACAAGUGCGCAGAGGCCGGCGCCAACAUGAUUGUGUCGGGUAGCGCCGUCAUCGGCAGUGACGACCCUCGCAGCGUCAUCACCUUGCUUCGUGACGCUGUGGUGGAAGCUAUCCAGAAACGCUCACUGGACCGCUGAGGUGACCCGAACGGUGAACCUGCCGGAUCUGCUACAAUUUCACGUACCAGAAAACAUUCCUGAAAAUAAUUUUUUAUCCGCUCAAGUGAAAUGAUUUAACAAGUUCUGUGACCAAAUCUAUUUUUCUAUAUACGCAUACGCUUCUGAUAUGAAUCUGUGAGAGUUGCUUUUGUUAAUUAAAAAGCUGUGAAAGUCAUUAAAUUCCAGGUUUUCCAAGUUUCAUGACUGGACUUAAAAUUGGAGUCAAUAAUUUAUUUAAGUAUUAUCAAAUUGGAGCCCAAAAUUGGGGUAACAAAAACAGUGGCACCACCAGGGGUAGCCACAGCCCCCCCUAUAAAUUGGUUGCCCACCCCGCUGGCCAGUAUCUCGUUAGAUUGUAGUAGCAUCAGUUAUGCAUUUCAUCCCAAAUGGGAUGAAAAUACACUUUAUGCUUAAUAUUUACAUAACACAAUAAAACAGAAUUUUUGUGGAACUCAAAAUGUUGAUUGGACUGUUAUGGUACAUGCACAUUAAAUCAUUAGUAACAUUAAAUAUAACACAAUACACCAUAGUACAGUGCCCUCCAUAAUUAUUGGCACCCCUGAAAAAGAUGUGUUUUUUAGCUUCUAAUAUUUUUUUUCUUUAUUCAAAUAAUAUGGGACCUUAAUGGGAAAAAAGAGAAAAAUCCAACCUUCAAUACACGUGCAUUCAUUCAGUGGGGAAAAAUCCCACAUGAAGAAAAAAUUAUUUGACAUCAAAUAAUGUGUGUCACAAUUAUUAGCACCCCUAGUGUUAAUACUUUGUACAACCCCCUUUUGCCAACAAAACAAGGUCUGGGGACUGAGAUGGCCAUGGGAGGAGCUUGAUUUUGUAACUGGUGAACCAUUUCUGUGUAGAUUUGGCCAUAUGUUUUGGUCAUUGUCUUGCUGAAGUUGCAUAGGGCAACAUAUUUUGAUUUAAAAUGUCCUGGUAUUUUAGCAGUAGGUAUGAGGUGCUUUUCAGCAUGCGCAUCUUUGGUGGCACGCCAGACCCACUUAGAGUGUUUGUUGCCAAAAAGCUCAAUCUUGGUCUCACACAAAAAUACACAGGGUCCCAGGCUUCAACUGGGACCGUGUGCUUUGGUCAGAUGAGACCAAGAUUAUUUGAAUUGAUUA